GAGACCGAGACCAAAACAAGCACCAAACGCAACCGUUUCCCACCAACCCCCCUUCGCAGAUGGAGGGCCUCAUCCCGCUGCCCUACAGGGCGAUCAAGGACCGGCGGAGCAACGCCGCCGUCGCAGGAGGCGGCGGCGGCGGCGGCCGGGCCUACGACGACGCCGGUGGCACGUCCGCGCCCAUGGACCUCGAGGACCCGGAGCAGAGGCGGCGGUGGCUGCUGCAGGAGGUGCGCUCCCCGGUCCACGCGGCGUCGGCGUCGUCCGCGGCGGCGGAGGGCCCGCUGCCGCACCGGCGGAACCUGUCGCUGGAGGAGCUGGCGGGCGAGGUGGGGCUCUCGCACGACCGGCGGCUGCGCGUGCCGCUGCCCAAGGCCAGGAGCGUCCGCGCCUUCGCCUGCAUCGGCGCCGCCUGACGCCGCCGCCUGCGCACGCGUUCGUGAGCACAGCGAGUUCGUCAAGUUGCACAAGGUAUACAGAUGUGGACACAUGUGUCUUGAGAACUCCAGAUUGUAUGUAUACAAAGUUAGUAGCUGCUUUUUCUUUGGGAUGCUUUCAUGUUUAUGAGAGAUCGUACAACUGGUGAUCUUUUUUUGUGGUUCGUCGAAAAAAAGUCUUGUUUUUGUAAUUUUUCCCGAUUGCGAACUAGUAGUGGAGUACUCCGUAAUUGUUACGGAAGGGGACUUACGUCUCAGAUUUCUUUGAUUUUAAGCGAUCCAUUUUGCA